AUGGAGGAUAAUGUUAAACCAAAUCUCCUGCCUCACCACGAGCAACAAUCAUUGUGCACCACCCGUCUACCUUACAGACAAGGAAGGAAAUUAACUGCUGUUAAGGUUUAUUCAAUAACAAAAGAAUCAAAUCAUCUCCUGAUCUUCGGUGUACCGUCACUGAAUCUUCGUCAAGAAAUAAAAUCCUUAUUCAUCAAGUUCGGUAAACUCUUAAAGUUUAACAUCACCGAACACAAUGCUGAACCUUUUACAGAGACUUACCAUGCUCAAUAUGAGAGAAUACAGUCAGCUAGAAUCGCCAAAAGGAUGUUGGACACAAAAAACUUCUAUGGCGGUGUCUUACAUGUAUGUUAUGCUCCAGAAUUAGAAAAUGUUGUUGAAACAAAACAGAAACUGAUUCAACGACAGCGAGAUGUUAUAUUUAGACUCAGAAAUCUUCAAAAGGAUACUGAAAAACAGCGCACGGAACAGCUAACUACCAAUACAAUGGUUAAUCAAGAAAAAGUUAUGCCGGUAAAACUAGACAUGGGAAAAAUUAAUAUAAUUAAGUUAAAUGACACUAUCGGACCACAUAGAAGAAGUAAAAAGAGAAAAAUUAAUCAUGGAAAAGAGUUUAAACAGAGUUUGGAACAGAAUACUAAAGCAAUAGAUGAUAGUAUUAAAAAAGACCAUAGCUAUAAGGAAAUGAGUUUGCAAGCACCAAAAGAUAUCGAAAUAGUAGAUUGCACAUCAGCAGAUUCUUCCGUGAUCACAAAUAUUAAUGAACAUUUAAAUUAUAAUAAAUUUGGCAAUGAAAUUAUAAGAAAGGUACCAAUAAAACCAGAAACCAAAAUACAAUUUUACAUAAAUAAAAAGUCGUAG